AUGGCAGAUGAAUUCAGGAGUGGUGUAUGUGGAGGAAGUUGGUUCAACCCGUUGAGAACCACGUUCGGGUCAUCGCCUUGUUCUUCUUCCAUAGGAGAGAUAGGAAGCUUUGGAUGGUCAUCAAGUGACUUGGUAGACAUGAAAGUAAUUAGGUCUUGUAAUGAGUCUGGUCCAGUUUCUGAUGGGUCUGUACUCUUUCAGGAUAUGCAAAAGUCUCAGCAGUCGAGCCCGAUCGGCUGCGAUGGCAACAUCGCCUUGAAUUCGACUAUUGAGAUGAUGAGUAUUGGCCUUUCAUCAUCAAUAGCAGCAGACUGGAACCAGCCUUUACUUGGUGGUGGAAGAAUAGAGAACAAUUAUCAUCCCAUGUCGCAAGAAGACCUAAAUUCAAGCUUGAAUUAUCAUGAAGAAACUGGGGAGGACUGCCCUCAGAUCCAAAAGGCCUUUGAACCGAUGAAUGGGGGUUUUUCUUUAGACCAACAACAGCCCUUAAAUUCCAUCACAAGCCCUGUUGAAAAUUCAGCAACUUGUCGAGGCUUAUCUACAAGCUUUCCAUUGAGUUCAACUUCAUAUGGUUACCCUUCAACUAUGCUGCAAACAAUAUUUGAUACAGAUUCUCAACCACAAGAGUCUUUUUUUCGACAACCACCUUCUUUGCCAAAGCAGCAACUUUCUAGUCAUUUGCAGUCCUCCAACACCACAAACUUUUGGAAUAAUGCCUCAGCUUCAGCUUUAAACGAUAUUCGGGCCAACCUUUUAGCUUCAACACAAUCUCAUCUUCUCACAUCAACGUUUAACCUUAGUGCAAAGCUUCAUAAUGAAGACUUCCAAGAACCAGGCUCCGUGUCAACGAAAACUAGCAGUGAGCCUGCUUUCAAAAGACCGCGAAUUGAAACACCGUCGCCAUUACCAACUUUCAAGGUCCGAAAAGAGAAGCUAGGGGACCGAAUAACUGCUCUACAGCAAUUGGUUUCACCUUUCGGAAAGACUGAUACUGCAUCGGUUCUCCAUGAAGCUAUAGAGUACAUCAAGUUCCUCCAUGAUCAAGUUGGUGUUUUAAGUACACCAUACAUUAAAAAUGGAGCUGCAGUUCAACGUCAACAGAUUCCUGAUAAAAUGAAGGACCAAGAGGAGCCAAAGCAAGACUUAAGAAGCCGAGGGCUUUGCCUCGUGCCAAUAUCGAGCACUUUCCCAGUUGCCACCGAGACUACAGCUGAUUUCUGGACACCAACAUUCGGAGGAACAUUCAGGUAG